CGCUCCUCGGGAGGGCCGGCUCUGAUAUUUGAGCCGGGCUCUCCCGCUCGAAGGAGAGCGCUGGGAGAAUGGAAAAGUGCUGAAUGGGACAGGAGCGGCACCGGGCACCUGCCUGCCUGCCAGCCGGCGCCGCGCAGCCGCCCGCCUCACGGGCCGGCACCCCGCGGCCGCACGGGGUCCGGAGCCGCCGGACGCCGCCGGCUGCGCCUGUCACCGCCCUGCUCCGGCGGGGCGAGACCCCCGCGUCGGCCAAGGAUUUUUAGAGCACCUCGGACAACAUCCCAAAUGGAUGAUUAACUUCACAAUGGCAGAACUCACAGUGGAGAGUGGCAGCUGUACGGACUGGCAAAAGCGAUGCCUUGCACUGGAGUCUCAGCUCUUCAAAUUCCGUUUGCAGGCAAGCAAGAUCAGAGAGCUGUUAGCUGAGAAGAUGCAGGAAUUGGAACAGAGAGUGAUAGAAGCAGAGCAAAGAGCUGAGGAAGCAGAGAAACAGGUCAGAGUUAUGGAAAAGAAGAUAAAACUAGCCAACGUGAAGACCAGUGAAUCGGACAGCACUCUGCAAAGGAAAUGUCAGGAGCUGAUGGGCACAGUUCAAGGAAAGGAAGAUCUGAUCAACAGAUUGGAGACACAGCUAGCAAAACAGAAACAGUUGAGGACUGAGGAAGCCAAAAUUGUUCAAGAGAAAUCUGCUAAGAUCAAAGAGUGGGUAACACUUAAGCUGAGAGAGCUUGAGCUAGAAAAUCACCACCUGAAAAACUGUAAUCAGAGGCUGAUGGAGCAAAUUGAAGCCCUUCAAGAUACAUUGCAAGAUAUGACCACUAUUCCUCCCUUUGAAUCUCUUUGGAGCUGUAAUCCUCUGAAGCCCAGAGCAUCACAAGCGUCUUUUGCUGAGAAGAUAGACCAGAAAUCUGUGCUUCUUGCACCUGGUUUCAGACAGGUGUGUCAGACAGGACCUACCAAACAUGUCCUCUCUACAGCAAACAUAGUCCUUGCCAAUGGCACCUUUACUGAGGGUGGAGAGGAUAAAUCUCUGCUUUCCAAGAGCACACUGAAGCUUAUGUCUGACCCACCGAGCUGGAAUCUCUCCGCAGAGAAAGACUUAUUCCCAGCUGUAAGUUCUGAACACAGGUUAGGGUGUUCUGAUUCCGCAUCAUUGGACCCUCCAGCUGAGGCCACAAGAAUCCUUGAGGCUUUGACUUUCCAGUCAUCUUUGGAAGGAAACUGUAGCACUGUGAGCACCUUGCGACAAGUGGCUUUGGACAGCACCCGAUUCUCUGACCCUAGUGCAAGGUUCAACUCCCACCGCCGGAUGGACUCCUCCUCUUCAGGAGAAAUAAUGAGCAUGCUGGAAGGAUGUCUCCAAACUUCUGAGCCACCUCUGGUUGUGUCAACAUCAGCUGUUACAGCACAUUCCUUUUGUCCAGGGAAGGAACGUGGCCUUGGUAGUAGUAUGACCUUUCCAAAAAUACGAACUCCCAAUACACCAAGAGACAGUAUCCAACUAGCCAAGAGACAUUACAGCCAACCACAGCCAGGGACUAAUUCUUUACAUCGUGUAUUGAGCUUAGAGGCUAGCACGUUCCAGCCCAUAACAGACUCUCCAGCCUGCCAUGGGCCAGUGAAGGAGACAGACAUUGAUGAUGAUGGGGUACUGGAGAAGAUGGAGACAGAACGUGGCCCGCUGAGGGAAGAAGCUGGAGCAUCUGAGGAAAUGAACCACUUAUCUGCAGGGCAAAGAGAAGCUGUGAGUUCUGAGGCUGGUGUUCUUGACCCAGGUGGUAAACCUCCCACACCACCGCUGCACAGAUUCCCAUCAUGGGAGAGUCGAAUCUAUGCUGUGGCCAAGUCUGGCAUGCGGUUGUCUGAAGUGGCCACGGUGAAUGAUGCUUCCAGCUGCUUUUCCAAUUUCUCAUGUUCAACUUCUGGGCCAUUUACCUGUCUAAUCUACAGAAAUAUGACAGUGCCGGUCUACACUACGCUGAAGGGGAAAGCCACGCAGAUCAGCAAUGUCCCUUUCGUAGAUGAGUCUUCAGGCUCUGAUGAUGACUGUGGCUCCCAUGCCAGCUUCAGGACUUCUACUGCUGGAUCUGAGAACAGGAAAGCCAGUGUGCCAGGCAGCCCUCGUGCAGUGAAGAGAGGUGUAUCUAUGUCCUCACUGAGCUCUGAGAGUGACUAUGCCAUCCCUCCUGAUGCCUACUCCUUGGAUGGAGACUAUUCAGAGCCAGAACAUAAGCUACAGCGAACAUCUUCCUAUUCCACUGAUGGUGGCAUCUGCACUGAACCCAUGGAGAAAUCAGGUUACUUGCUGAAAAUGGGCAGCCAGGUGAAGAUGUGGAAGAGACGAUGGUUUGUUCUGAGAAACAGACAAAUCAUGUACUACAAGUCUCCGAGUGAUGUUAUCCGCAAACCACAAGGGCAGAUGGAGCUGAAUUCCUCAUGUCAAAUUGUCAGAGGUGAAGGGUCCCAAACAUUCCAGCUCGUGACAGAAAAGAGAACCUACUUCCUAACAGCAGACUCUCCCAACAUCCUGGAGGAAUGGAUUCAUGUCCUACAGAGUCUUCUGAGAGUGCAAGUGACCAGUCCUGUUGAUGUUCCUCAUAGUGAUGCUAAACCUACUGUGAAAGGUUGGCUCACCAAGGUUAAGCAUGGUCACUCUAAGCUGGUCUGGUGUGCACUGAUUGGAAAAACUUUCUACUACUAUAGAAAUCAUGAAGAUAAGUGUCCCCUAGGGCACCUACCUAUGCGUGAGUCCAAAGUGGAAGAGGUAGACCGUUCCUGUGACUCUGAUGAAGAUUAUGAAGCCGCUGGUGGAGGACUUCUCUCAUCUCACUGUACACUGGUGAUUCACCCACAGGACCAGAGUCCCACAUACUUACUGAUUCGCACCAAACAAGAGAAGAAUACCUGGCUGUACCAUCUGACUGUAGCAGCUGGUAGCAGUAAUGCCACAGUGGGCACAUCAUAUGAACAACUCAUUGGAAAACUAUUGGAUGCAGAGGGAGACCCCGAUUCUCCUCUGUGGAAGCAUCCUAUGUUGUGCUACAGUAAAGAUGGGUUGCACACAUCCCUCACCACUCUGCCAUCAGAGGCUCUGCAGACUGAAGCUCUGAAACUUUUUAAGUCCUGUCAGCUGUUCAUCAAUGUCCCUGUGGAGGCCCCCUCUAUUGAUUACCAUGUGUCACUUGCCCAGACAGCGCUGCAGGUCUGCUUGACGCAUACUGAGCUGCAGAAUGAAAUUUACUGUCAGCUUGUUAAACAGACCAGCUGUCGACAACCCCAGAACCACUCAGUCAUUCAGUGCUGGCAACUCCUGGCUUUGUGUGCUCCUCUGUUCCUGCCUCAACAUCACUUCCUCUGGUACAUCAAACAGCACUUGCAGCGACAUGCAGACCCCAGGAGUGAAAUAGGCAAGUAUGCCAUCUACUGCCAGAGAUCAGUAGACCGCACUGUGCAGACUGGUGAGCGGGAAGCCAAGCCCUCCCGGAUGGAGAUUGUGUCCAUCCUGCUGAGAAAUCCCUACCACCACUCACUCCCCUUCAGCAUCCCAGUGCACUUCAUGAAUGGAACCUACCAGGUUGUGGGUUUUGAUGGUUCCUCAACAGUUGAUGAAUUCAUCCAGCGACUGAACCAGGAGACAGGAAUGAGGAAGCCAUCCCACAUGGGAUUUUCUCUGUUCACAGAUGAUCCCUCUGGCAGGAAUUUGGAACACUGUCUGCAGGGUAACAUGAAGAUCUGUGAUAUCAUUUCUAAAUGGGAACAAGCCUUAAAAGAAUUGCAUCCUGGGAAAUAUGAAGGUGGCACAAGAAUUGUGAAGUUAACCUAUAAGAACAGGCUAUAUUUUCGGAGCCAGGCCAAAGGUGAGACAGACCGUGAGCGGUUGCUACUGGCCUUCCAAGUCAGCAAUGAAAUAGCCAAUGGAAGGUUUCCUGUAAAUAAGGAAUUAGCUCUGGAAAUGGUGGCUUUGAUGGCUCAGGUGGAAUAUGGGGAUUUGGAUCGAACAGGAUCUUCAAGUCCUGGGGGAACAUCACAAUUGAAAAUGCAGCAUCUUCUCCACCAGGUCUUAGAUAAAUUCUACCCCAAACGCUACAAGCAAAACAUUACUCCUGAACAGCUGAGGCAACUGGCUGACAGGCUGGCAACGAAGUGGAUGGUGCUGCAGGGAUGCUCUCCACCAGAAUGUGUUCGGAUUUAUUUGACAGUGGCCCGGAAAUGGCCUCUCUUUGGAACCAAAAUAUUUGCUGCUAAGCCUAUUUUGCCUUCCUCAUUGGAAGACUGUCCAGUCUGGAUAGCUGUGAAUGAAGAUGGUGUCAGCAUACUGGAUUAUAAUACUAUGCACUUGAAAGUCUCUUACUCGUACUCCUCUGUGCUGACCUUUGGAGGCUGUCGAGAUGACUUCAUGAUUGUAGUCAGUCAAAUGAAAGAAAGGAGUUCUGGAAAAAACAGCACUGAAAAACUCCUUUUCACAAUGCCAAUUCCAAAGAUUGUUGAAGCAACGCUUCUUAUUGCAAGCUACAUUAACUACCGAUCAACACCUUCACUCCUGUCUUCUGCACAGCCCUCCCGAAGCAAAACACCUGCUAACAAGCUCUGGGAGACAGAAAGCCGCCGCUUUUUUCCUUCCGUUCCCCGAAGCACUAAGGGGCCCACUCUGCUCUGAGGCUGCAUUCCAAAUGACUUCAGGGAUUUGGGUUUUUUGUUUGUUUGGGGGUUGGUUUUUGGUGUUUUUUUUGCACCACUCUGUACUGCAUUGCAGACUGCUACGAUUGCGAUGGUUACACCUUACUUCAAUGCAGGCUUUGACUUUUUCCGUAAUAAUAGACAAAGUUCCUUAGUGGGUAGAGGCAGUGUCCUUUCUUCUAACAGAAGUGUUGAUUUUGGGGACUGUGCAGGAGUUUCCUUUCCAUGCUACGCUCCAUCCAGAAUACCACUCCUCAGGUCAUGUGCCUGCACUGUGCUCCAGUCACAUUACAUCUGCUCUUUCCUUGCACCCAUUUUUCUUCCAUCUCCUGAUCUUACUGCUUUGCUUACAAGCACAUGAUGUUCCUUUGAUCCCUCCCCUUUCCAGCUUUCAGAAGACUGAAACUUUCCAGCUCCUUGCUCCAGACAUGAAAGAAAGAAAACACUGUUGAGAAGGAAGAGAAACUAAACUGACAAGAAUAAUUCUGAUGCAAGUCAAGGGUAAUUUCAGACCUGAAAUAGGGAGCAUAGAGUAAGAGUUCAAGAAUAUUUUCAAUUUUAAAUAAAGGUGGAAACCUAGUGCCUUUGCAUGUUGAGGACUCAGAACAACUAGGACUGGAAGGACUAGAACAGUGUCAGACGAUGCCCUCGCUGCUACAGGACUGAUGUGUUUCAGGAGCUGGAUGCUGUUGUCUACGCAAUAGAUGAACAUUAGAUCUUUGCUGCAGGGCUGAAUGUGUCACAUGCUCCACCGUCAGACGAGCACUUUCAAAGACUUUUUCUGUUAAUCACUGUUGUAGAUGUUUUGGGAUGUGUUUGCAACUGCACAUAAUCUCAGACAAAGGAAGACAAGGCAAGCAGGUUUUGUACUUUUUCUGUCUUCCAGCAACUGGAACAGCAGAUCUUCCCAAACCAGCUCUGUCAUUCUGACCUGACAGAAGCUGCUCCUUUAAAACUCCUGCUUCCUUCAUGCCACCACGGCAAGGAGGAGGUAGUCAGCACUUGUGUACUCAAAUAUUGUUCUUCUGACUUUCCUAAAGAAUUUCGGGGUUUUUUUGAUCUAUUUCAAAGGGACUUCAAUAUGAGUGAGAAGAUUAAUGGAUUUUAAAUAAGUAAAAGAAAAAUAGCAAUUCUUCUUGAAAAAGCUAAGUCUACCUGUCUUGAGUUCAGCUGUUUUGAUAAGCUUUCUAAAAAAUCUAAGGAAGAACAACUGCACUUUCAAAACUUUGUAAUAAUUAUGCAUUCAUGGGCAACUUUCUCCAAUUAAAACAGUAGGAAUCCAACCAUUAGAAAGAAUUCAGCAACAGCAAAUCAAAGCUAUUUGCAAAUGAACAGACCAACCAUACCAGGUUGGUUUUUUACUCCCUAGUGCCUGCCACCAACCUUGAAACAUCCAACUAAUGCACACAGUGGAGUGCUACUUCAAGAAGUUUUUGUUUCACACUUACGGUGGGUGUAAAGCCACAAACUAAAAAAAGAGACAGACAAAAAUUGCUCUGAGCAAUUCCUUAUCAGCGUUAAAAACAUUAAAAAAAACCCCAAACCUAAACCCAAGCCACCCCACAGGGGGCUGUGGAAACAAUAUGGCAGACAUGAGACAGAAAACAAGCAGAGACCUGAUUUGCACAUACUGUAACGUACCUACUUGUUACAAACUUAGGGACCAGCCCUUGAAGUUACAGAAAAGGGUAGAAGCUUUCUGAGCCAAAAACAAUUUUGAGAAGGUAUUUAGUGUUUUUUUCUUGGAUACUUUUAUGUGACUAUACAUCCUGAUAGAGUGGUCAGCAGUAUGUAUUUUCUCUUUCUCGCACACCCGUACACAGAGUGAUAUUACAGCUACAUCAGUUUGAAUACAGAGCAUUAUUCCUCCUAACCCAUCACCUAUGCCUAAUAGUUCCUCCGGCAUCUGAAGGGCUGUUUGGCAGCCUGCUUCUUGUAUCCUACCAGUAACAAAGCUGCUUCAGCAUUCACUGAGCUGUCACUGGUGCUGGGGAUGCUCAAGGCACAGAGGUCUCCAGCUCACAGUUCAGAGGCUGCACUUGCCUUACAGUGCUAAUAACUCAUGUCUUUAGAGACUUGUACCGGGGCAAACAGGAAGCAGAGAUGUUGAAUAAGCAAGAGCUGUCCCGAUCCUCAUUAUUUUCUGCCAUAACUGCACUUUAAAUUGGGAAACGUGGCAUACAAAACGUUUUUUUUUCUUAUUUCUUAAAAAUGUUCACCAAUACUUGAGUAUUUCAGGGACCACCCCACUCUGAUGGAUGCACAUAUACCUCCUAUUUAUAGCUUACCUUAUUUCAAACAAUCAACCAACCCUAUGUAAAUACCUAUUUUGUAUGAUUCUUCGGUAGAGAACACAGUUCUAAUCAAUGCUUCUGGCAAUGACUAUUGCUGCAGCAUAGAAUGAGAUGACAAAAGCCUUUGUUUUCUUAACUGCUGUGUGUAUGUAAAGGGCUGUCUUUUCUGUUUUUCUUAAUAAAGUGCAGUUAUCAUGAAUUAAGCUGUGUUAUUCUCAGAAUGAAAGAAAGUAUUUUAAAAGCCAAAAUUGUCUUGAUGUAAAUAAAAAUGGGCAAAGAUUGUGUUGUGUAUCCAAGCACA